UUGUGGGGCACGGCUGCAGGUGUGGCCGGGGUGUGUCGGUGAGGACUGGCCUGGAGGGCGUCCGCGGCACCGCGCUAGUGACAUGCGGGGGAUGAGGACUGCCGCGCCACGCGAGCCCCCGGCCCUCCUGGGGCGAGGCUUCCUCUGCACAAAGCCCAGGCCCGCUGGAGGCCCGGCGGCAGGUACUGCAGCUGCUCGUGGGCGGCUGGCCCGAGGAGAGCCGCGCUCCAAGAGCGACCUGACCAGCAAUGGCAGGCCAGGGGCGGUGACCUCGGGGCCGAUGCACAAAGCUCUGCUUUCCAGAGACACCGUCUUCCUCCAGGAGAUAAACCACAAACAGGAGAAAGCCCAGACUAGGACUGAACUUCAAGCCAUGUGUCAGGAUUUGGUGACAUUUGGGGAUGUGGCUGUAGUUUUUUCCCAGGAGGAGUGGGAAAGGCUGCAUUCCACGCAGAGGCGGCUCUACAGGAAGGUGAUGCUGGACAACUACAGGAACCUGGCUUCGUUGGGACUUUGCACUUCUAAGCCUGAGAUGAUCGCCUCAUUGGAACAAGGGAAAGACCCUUGGAUGGUGAAAAGAGAGAUGACAAGAGGCCGGUGUGCAAACUUGAAGGCUGUGUGGGAGACCAAGGAGUUCCCUCCAAAGGACUUAGAUGAAGAAAAACUGUCGCACACAGCAAUAAGAAAGAGGCUCAUGCAUUGCAGACCCCAGUGCUCUGUGUUAGAGGAAAACUGGGAUGGAGAUGCUCUGUUUGAGACACAGCUAGGUGUGGAGGUCACCAGAAAUAUGGCGGGAGACAUCUCCCGGCAGCUAGGCCUGGCUCAGAAUUUCUGUAAGAAUGUGACAUGGGCGAGCCGCAGUGACCUGGGACCCAUAGGACACCAUGUUUCUAAAACAGGUUUGGUCUCUUUACUGGGACAAGGGAAGGCACCCUGGGUAAUGCACAGAGAGCUGGUGCUGGGCUUGAACUCAGGCCAGAAAUCUGUACUUGAAGCCCAGGAUUUAUUUCCAAAGCAAGACUCUUAUUCUGAAAGGGUCACAGAAAGAAAUUCAAACACUGAACUUGAGUCUUCCACCUUCAGAGAAAAUUGGGACUCUGAGUGUGUAUUUGAAAGGAACAGCCAAGAGAACCUAUUUGGGCAAGAGACAGUUACUCACAACAGAGCUUUCUCAAAGGAGAGAGAUCACAUGUAUAUCAAAUCUGGAAGAUGGUUCCAUUUGGACAGUCCAGAACAGACAGUUCAUAAUUGUGAUUCAGGUAAAAGUUUCCCCCCAGAUUCAGUGACAAUAAAGCAAACAGGAUUCUAUGCAGGAAAAAAACUUUUCAAAUGCAAUGAAUGUAAGAAGACUUUUACCCAGAGCUCAUCCCUUACCGUUCACCAGAGAAUUCAUACUGGAGAGAAACCAUAUAAAUGUAACCAAUGUGGAAAGGCCUUCAGUGAUGGUUCCUCUUUUGCGCGACACCAGAGAUGCCAUACAGGCAAGAAGCCAUACGAGUGCGUCGAGUGUGGGAAAGCUUUCAUACAGAAUACAUCCCUUAUUCGUCACUGGAGAUACUAUCACAGUGGUGAGAAGCCUUUUGAUUGCACCGAUUGUGGGAAAGCCUUCAGUGAUCACAUAGGACUUAAUAAACACAGGAGGAUCCACACUGGAGAGAAACCUUACAAAUGUGAUGUGUGUCACAAAACUUUUAUGUAUGGCUCUUCUCUUACUGUGCAUCAAAGGAUCCAUACUGGGGAAAAACCAUAUGAGUGUGAGGUUUGCAGAAAAGCCUUCAGCCAUCAUGCAUCACUCACUCAGCAUCAAAGAGUACAUUCUGGAGAAAAGCCUUUUAAAUGUAAAGAAUGUGGGAAAGCUUUUAGGCAGAAUAUACACCUUGCUAGUCAUUUGAGGAUCCAUACUGGGGAGAAGCCCUUCAAAUGCGUGGAAUGUGGGAAAUCCUUCAGCCUCAGCUCACAGCUUGCCACUCAUCAGAGAAUUCACACAGGAGAGAAGCCCUACAAAUGCAAGGUUUGUAGUAAGGCAUUCACUCAGAAGGCUCACCUUGCACAGCAUCAGAAAACUCAUACAGGGGAGAAACCAUAUGAAUGUAAGGAAUGUGGCAAAGCCUUCAGCCAGACCACACACCUCAUUCAACAUCAGAGGGUUCAUACCGGAGAGAAACCCUAUAAAUGUCUGGAAUGUGGGAAGGCCUUUGGUGACAACUCAUCCUGUACUCAGCAUCAGAGACUUCACACUGGCCAAAGGCCUUAUGAGUGUGUGGAAUGUGGAAAGGCAUUCAAGACCAAGUCAUCCCUUAUUUGUCAUCGUAGAAGUCAUACCGGAGAGAAACCUUAUGAAUGUAGUGCAUGUGGCAAAGCCUUUAGCCAUCGUCAGUCCCUCAGUGUACAUCAGAGAAUACAUUCUGGGAAGAAACCGUAUGAAUGUAAGGAAUGCAGGAAGACCUUCAUCCAAAUUGGACACCUUAACCAGCAUAAGAGGGUCCAUACUGGAGAGAGAACCUAUAGCCGCAAGAAGAGCAGAAAGGCCUUCAGGCAGACAGCACACUUUGUUCACCACCAGCGGACUCACUGCGGAGAGUCACCCACACACCCUUCUCUGCCUUCCACAUCUAGUCCUGUGGAUCUGUUCCCUAAAUUCAUCUGGAAUCCAUCCUCACUCCCAUCAUCAUAGUCUCAAAACAUCGCCAUUUCAGCUACACUCCAGUUGCUUAGCAACAUCUCUUCCCUUUUUGUUUGUUUUUGUCCCUGUGAGUUUGUUCUUUAUGUUACAAUCAGAUUGGUUUUUGAAGUGGAAGUAAUUGGCUCAUCUAAAUCUUAUAUUCAUUGCUUAAUGUAUAAGAUGGGCUUAGCACAAUGCCUGCUCCACAUUGUGUUCAGCAAACUUAAUUCUUCAAAACUAUUUUUGAUCAUUGAAAAUUUAUAUAGUCAGCUCUGACAAAAAUGAUGCAGAUAACGAGAAACCAGAUUUCAGAACAGGAAGGUUCCUUCCCAAGUAUUUGAUGAGUUCAUUUUCCUUGAAAAUUUGAUUCUAAGCCAAGAAUGUGGUGGACUCAUACCUGUACUCCUAGUGCUCAUGAAUUGAAGGCCAGCCUGGGCAACCAAGUGGGACCCUAUCUUAAAAAUAAAACACUUGACUCCACAAUGCUGAACAUAUUUUGGCUUUGGAUUUGAUCUCUGUGAAUGUAGAUGAUAGGCCUUUUAGUGGAAAACUGCUAUGCAUUUGACAAUAGUCCUCGAAAGUUUGGAAGAUGUAAGAAAGUAGCUACCUGGAACAAAUGAAGAGUCAGGAAAAUGCAGAUGUGUGUGCAGAAAGUAAAACUACCAGCGUGUUAGUCGAGCAUGGGAACACUCAGAAUCCGAUCUAUUUAAAGUCACUGGUUUGUGAACAAUUUCUUAUUAAACUUUCAAGGAAGUAUUAACUUGGGGUAAACUGAUCUACAGGAGUCAGCAAACUGACUUAUGGUCAAAUUCUCAUUAUUUUUGUAUGACCAAUGAUCUAAAAUUUCUAGAAAUAUAUUUAAGUGGUUUAAAAAUGAGGCUAUUUUCCAUAUGAUAAUUAUGUAAAAUUUAAAUGUUAGUAUCUGUAGGUAAAGUUGUGUUGGCACACAGUCAUAUUCAUUCACAUCCACAUUGUCUCUCAUGCUUCUGUUGGCAAAGUAAGGCACAGUAAUGAAGACCAUUUAGCUCAGAGAGUCAAAAGCUUUAUAGGAAAUGUUUGCUGAGCCCUGCUGUAUAUUUGCCCAUUUUUGUAAAUAGAGCUUUACUGGGCCACAUCCAUGGUAAUUGGUUUAGAUACUAUCUUUAUUUUUACAACAAUGGCAGAGUCGAGGGGCUGCAGUGGAGACUGUAUGCCCCUGCUAAGCCCACAUCUUUAAUACUCUUUUUUUAGAAAUUAAUUUAUUAUUUUUAUUUUAGGUAUAGAGUAUAUUGCUCACAUGUAGGUUAGGUGCAUCCAUGUUGUGCAGUGGCCGCAGAGGUCAGCAGAGGGUGUCUGAUCCCCUGGAAC